AUGGCAUCCCAACAAGCUGGCGAGGCUUAUGAACAAGAAAAUGUUCAUGAGGUGUACCAGCAGAUUGCCCAACACUUCUCCGCCACCCGCUACAAGCCAUGGCCCAUAGUCGAGCGAUUUCUCACAAGUUUAGCGCCAGGCGCGGUGGGACUAGAUGUAGGAUGCGGUAAUGGCAAAAAUCUAAUGGUUAAUCGCGAUGUUUUUAUCAUUGCUUCAGAUAGAUCUGAAAACCUGGCUCGGAUUGCCCUACAGCACCAGCCGCACUCGACCGUGGUGGCCGAUAUCCUACACCUUCCGCAUCAGGAUGCAAGAUUUGACUUUGCAAUUUCCAUCGCGGUGGUGCACCAUCUUUCUACCCCGGCCCGGCGAGUCCAGGCCGUUGCUGAGAUCCUGCGAACUGUGAAGCCUGCUUCAGAGACGCACGAGGGUGGAAAGGUCCUGGUCUAUGCUUGGGCGUUGGAGCAAAAGAACAGCCGCAGAGGCUGGGACAAAGGUGACGAGCAGGAUCGUAUGGUCCCUUGGGUUCGCAAGGGUGAUCAACCUCAAACAUUCCAUCGCUACUACCACCUGUACGAGGAAGGCGAGUUGGCGAGUGAUAUUGACAAGGCGGGUGGUCGUGUGCUGGAGUCGGGGUACGAAAAAGAUAACUGGUGGGCGAUUGCGACACCUAAGACGACUCAUGUCUGA